AUGGCGCUCGUGAUGCUUCCGUGUGAUCUCCCGUGGUGGUCGAACGUGCAGAAGAAGCUGACGCAGAUCGAGGAGUCCGAUUCGCUCGACGUGGUCCUCGAGGUGAUGCAAAAGUUGCACGAACUCUGCAAUGUCAGCCUCGAUCCGGACGAGGACGGAAAGGACACGACGGUGUUCGAGGGCCUGCGGCACUUCGUCGAGCGCACGAUGGACGCGGUGGAGCGGGACCAUUUCCUCGCCCAGACGGUCAAGUCGCUUGCGCGGCACGCCCGCAACCUCAAGCUGCACCGGCCGCCCCGCGGGCUCAGCUUCAGCCUGCAGCAGCAGGCGGACAGCUACGAGCUGAGCUACCGGCUGGUCGCGUCCCUGCUGGCCAAUGCGUUCUUUUCGACAUUUCCAAAACGUACUGAAAAAACACACCCCACGUUACAAGACUUUAACUUUACACACUUUUUUAGAGGUUUAGUAGACAACGCCGUGCAGCGGGCCAAGUUCCGCAGCUUCCUGCACUACUUCGACUGGCUCGAGCGGAACCCGACGGUGCUGGAGGGCAGCCUGCGCAUCUCGCGGAAGGUGAUGACCGGCAAGCAGUGGCUCACGAUCGAGGACUGGCUCGAAUGCGAGCUUCCGCUGUGCGACGUCGAGAUCCGGCACGAGGGCAAGCUGGACAAGGCCGACCCGGACACGAUGCAGACGGUGUUCGCGAGUGCGCGGCUCGGGGGUGACGUCCUGGCCGACGGCGACUCGCAGGAGUCGAUCCAAUUCUGCACGUUCCCCGAGCUGCUCGCGGUGCUGCUGUACGUGGAGGCGCUCGAGGACAACGAGUCGCUGCAGAUUGAGAACGUGCGCCAUGUGUCGCGGAUCGUGGAUCCCCGGUGUAAGGGGCCGCUGCUGGAGAAGAUCGCCGAACCGAAGCGGACGACCGUGUGCUGCAUCGAUGCGGAGAACUACCGGGCGUUGCCGUCGCAGCAGUUCGAGGAGGACGAUAUCUUGCGCGAGCUGAACAAGUGCCUGUUGGCGUUCCGCCAGAACACGACCUGCCCGGUGGUGGGCGAUACGAAGGGAGCGGACAAGCGGACGGGGGCGGCGACAGCAUCCGGUGCGGGCCUGAAGUUGGACCAGCUGGAGACGGUCUCAAGCAAGGGUCGGCUAUCGCCCAUCGGCGAGCGCGAACGGGAAGGCUCGACGCCGGGUUCGCCCGACGUCUAUACGACGAUCUUCAUCCGGCAGGCGACGCCGAACUCGAAGCGCUCGAGCAGUGACUCGAACAAGCUCGAGAAGGACAUCAACAAGCGCCGGUCGUGGCUGUCGCCGGAGCGGCCGAGUGCGCCCGGAAGCGGCGGCACGGUGUCGGUGUGCUCGGGAUCCGGCGCCCGGCGGGGGAAGUUUAUCAUUCUGGGAUCGUCGGGCGAGUGCCUGCCGGUCAGUCGGCAUCCGCUGCGCAUCCCCGACGGCUACCAGCAGCUGCCGGGCGGGACGCGGCCCGAUUCGCUGUCGAGUUGCGGCUCGAGCCAGGACGAGUUUCACAGUGCGAAGGACAGCUUCGACGAGGACGACGAGGAUGGGUUGAGGGCGCACGCGUACGCCUCGGAGCUGGACACUCCCGAGCGGAGACUCGAGUUCGCCCGGAAGCUGCGAGCGGCGCUCGAGCAGGGUGGUACGAACGGGAUCUCGGGCAGCACGGAGGACAGCAGCUACGCGGUGGGCAUCAGUGUGGCGGGUUCGCAGACACGCGAUCAGGACAUCCGCGUGCGGCGAGGCGGUUCGUGUGGGUUCGUGCUCGACGGCUCCAUGGACAGCAACUACUGCGACGACCUGCCGGACUGGAAGGAGCAGAGGACGACAUCUGGGGGCCACGCGAACGGUGGUUCGCUGGAGCGGAAGCCCACCAACGAGUCGUCGCGGUACAGCUUCGACUCCGAUCUCGGCUCGGAACUGGAGGAGGUGUACGAGAAGUUCGCCAAAUGGCUCGAGGAUCCCAUCAGCACGGAUAAACCGAAGAAGCUGGACGCCCGCGACGAGGCCGUGCUCAAGUUUGCCAACUCGCUGCUCAAGCGAACGCUCAGCGAAAGCUUCGUCGGCAUUCCGUUCACCGAGGAGUGCCUUACGAGCGGGAAUGGAACCGCGGGCGACAUGGGUGGCACGCGGUUGGCGGUGGGAGCUGGAGGUGGGACCGCCGGACUGGGACAGAAGGAAAAGAUCCUGCUCCACGUACGAUCGCUUUCGCUGGAGCUGGCGAAACACAAGCACAAACUGGCGGCUCAGCUGCGCCACGACUAUCUCGCCCUCGAACCGGCAAAGUUGUUCAAGUGUCCCAACAUUCAGCUCACGCGAACCGACCAUCGGAAAUUGCUGCUCAAGCUGCGCUCGACGACCCGCAGCGGCUCGGGCUGCUCGGUGACGGACCCGGCCAUCGGCACCGCGAGGCAACAGACUGCCGGUCCCAAGCUCGAACGCCAGUCGUCGCUGAAGACGAAACUUCUGCACUACAAACCGAACUGGUCUGUGUCCUACUAUCAGGAUAUCAAGUGUGACGAUGUGGUGCUGAAGAUAUCUCAACUUGCUCAAAAGCGGACGCUCAACGUCAACCUGCGGCCGGUGGCGACGGGCAACUGGGGGUGUGGUGGUACGCGCCGUGGUGACGUACAGCUCAAGAUGGUGAUCCAGUGGAUGGCAGCCAGCGUAGCCGGUCUUCCAUAUCUCAGCUACUACACAGCGGGCAAUGAAAAACUUUCGAAGCUCGAUACGAUUUGCCGAGUGCUAAAGGAUCGCAAGUGGACAGUUGGGGAGCUGGCGGCAGCAACGCUCAGUCACGCCCGGGACAUCCUGGAGGAUCCAUUCUACUACAACAACGAUCGAAACUACUGCAUGUUCUUCGAGAAGCUGAUCGGACUGGAGAAGGCCCACUGAGCAGCGAUCUUAGAAAAGUUAAAGAACAUGCAACAGCUUGCGAUCGCAUAGCACUAGGGCGAAGGCAACUUAUUGGAAUGAGAAGGAACGUUGAAAACCAGAAAAGACAAAUAAUGGCAUCUCCACGUGUAAUGGAAGAUGCUACACGUGAAUCCCGUGAAGUGAAACUUCGAAAGCAAUAAAGAAAAACUUUUUUAUACUACGAAAGAGCAGCAAGGAUGCAAUGAUUGGCAGGGAUUUAGACAAAAACCAAAUGGCAAGAGAAGGUAACAAAGGACCACGAAUGAAGGAAUCCUCUUUUAAAAGACGAAGCCUUAUAAGAGGCUUGUAGUGACACCGGAGGGUUUUUGUACCGCAAACACUCACAAGUGGGCAAGUGAUCAUAAACCAGGAGUAAAAGUCAAACGUCUUCCUAAGAAACCGAACGUAGGAUUUGCGAUAGAGUGUAAGUUGUGGAUAUUAAAGUCCUUACUACAUGAGUUAUAGAGAAUACAUCAAUAAAGUAUCCAAUAAAGGAACAGCAGUUAAAAAGAUUGUUAUCUUUUUGAAACUUAAAACCAAACGACACCGCAGCCAUUAGUUGUGCGUGGCGAAAAUUAUCACAAGGAAAAGGAAAAAAGAUACGAAACUGCGUAGAAAUCGAUCAAAACCGUCAGUAGCUGCGUUCAGUAAAAAAAUGAAAUCAAUUUAGUUAGCUAGCCGGUAGAGAACCAAUGCAAUGACGCUUAUUGUAGAACCAAAUCUAUGUGAAAACAGAAAGAC